GUGUGUGUGAGCGUGUGUGUGUGAGGGUGUGUGCGUGUGUGUGAGCGUGUGUGUGUGUGUGCGUGUGUGUGAGCGUGUAUGUGUGUGUGUGUGUGUGUGUGUGUGUGUGUGUGUGUGUGUGUGUGUGUGUGUGUGUGUGUGAGCGUGUGUGAAUGGAGACAGUUUAAUGUUUACACACAAUGAGGAAGUGAACUCUGCUCUCUGCUGUUUUGCUGUUGAGAGUUGAGUAAAUGAGAAGUAAUGCCCACAACGUUAAACCCAAGGUUCUGCUGAACAGAACCAACCUGUGUUUCUGCUGCUGGUCCUCAUCGACUGAACAAAGAUGAAGCUGGAACUGGAGAUCCAGCUGCUGAAGUUCUGCUGUGCCGUGUUUAACUCCUUGUUCCUGGUUCUGGGUCUGUGUGUCGUUGGCUGUGCAGUGUGGAUCCUGUUUGACCAGGGAAGCUUCCUGCACCUCCUCUCCUCCGCGGAGCUGAGGACGGCGGCGCUGGUUCUGCUGCUGAUCGGUGCGGUGGUGACGGUCGUCAGCGUCGCUGGAUGCGUGGGAGCAGACAGAGAACAAAGGUUCCUGCUGCUGACGUACCUGGGCUUCCUCCUCAUCCUGGCUCUUGGCCAGGCGUUCGUCACUCUGGUGCUGCUCCUGAACAAGAACAAGAUUAAACAGAGUCUGGACGAAGCUGUGGAUCAGGCCGUCCACGGGUUUGGAGGCCGCCACCGGGCCGACGUGCUGAUGGACAACAUGCAGCACUACGGCCGGUGCUGUGGCCGGAUGGGGCCUGCUGAUUGGCUGCGCAACUCUUACAUCCAGAGCCUGAACCUGACCCGUCCAGACGUUCUGCCCUGUUCCUGCUUCGGGACCGUUGGGCCCGGCUUUAGCUCGGCGUGGUGCUCGGAGCUGCUGAACUUCACGGAGCCGCUUUUUGGAUCAGGAAACGGCCUCUUUGACCAGGGCUGUGAACAGAAGCUGAGUCGGUGGCUGCAGGACAGCGGCGCGACCGUCCUGGCGUUGGACGCCGGCCUCAUAGUGAUCCAGGCGAUCCAGUUUGUUGUCACCGUUCUCCUGUACCGUGCGUUCGGCACAAAGGCCCGUCCCCUGAAUGCGCCUGGUUAGCAGACAACAACACACCCACUCCACAUUCCUGCUCGUAUUUAUUACAUCAGCAUCGUUACAGCAGUUUAUCAGUUAACACAGAUCACGUGAACGGCUCGGGUGCCGGUGCCGGUCCAGCAGGAGGUGGACCCACAGUGACAGCAGCCAACAUGACAUCAGAUCCCUUUUAAUCUGACCACUCACUGAAAGCUGUAGUUGAAGAACGCGUCUAAUAAAACAGGAAGGUUUUCAUUUUC